AUGAGAGCAGCCUCAGUGUACUCAGGAGUGUUCACCCAGAUCUUUAAAGAGGAGUGUGUGCUGUACCAGGACAAGGUGUUCUGCUUUGUCCAUCUGAGCAUCCAGGAGUUUCUGGCUGCCCUUUAUGUAUUUUUGUCCUUCAUCGACACUGGGGUCAAUCUGCUCGCAGGGCAACCAGAACCCCUGUGGUUAUGUUUUUUUACAAAGAAAACCAGCCUCUACCAGAGUGGUGUGGACAAGGCCUUACAGAGUGAGAAUGGACACCUGGACUUGUUCCUCCGCUUCCUCAUGGGCCUCUCUCUGGAGAACAAUCAGAUUCUCCUAGGUGGUCUACUGGGACAGACAGGAAGUAGAUCAAUAUCCAAUGAGGAAACGGUGUCCUACAUCAAGGAGAAGAUAGGUGGAGAUCUCUCUACAGAGAAAAGCAUCAAUCUGUUCCACUGUCUGAAUGAGCUGAACGACCGUUCUCUAGUGGAGGAGAUCCAACAGUUCCUGACAUCAGGAAGUCUCUCCAGAGAAUCUCUCUCUCCUGCUCAGUGGUCAGCUCUGGUCUUCAUCUUACUGUCAUCAGAAAAGGAGCUGAACAUGUUUGACCUGAAGAAAUACUCUGCUUCAGAGGAGGGUCUUCUGAGGCUGCUGCCAGUGGUCAAAGCCUCCACAACAUCUCUGCUGAAUGGCUGUCAUCUGUCAGAGAGAUGCUGUGAAGCUCUGGCCUCAGUUCUCAGCUCCAACUCCUCUAGUCUGAGAGAGCUGGACCUGAGUACCAAUGAUCUGCAUGAUUCAGGAGUAAAGCUGAUCUCUGAUGGACUGGGGAGUCCACACUGUAUACUGGAAACUCUCAGGUCAGUUUUACUCAAUGUGCAAACAGUUACCACAAGUUCCACAUCCUAG